CUAACACCAUACCUUGGUCUUCGAGCUAGGCUCUCGCAGGUUUGGAUCAACCGCUGGACUAUCCUAAUCCUUCUCGUCCUGAUACGGGCACUACUCGCCAUCGGAAGUGUGAAUACGAACUUGACUUCCGCAAAAAGAGAAGCACUCUCUGCUUGUACUGGCGUUGAAAAUGUCGGAAGCGCCAUGGCGAGCAUGCCUUAUUACAUGUCAUCUGGCGUCAACGAACUCACCGCAUCAGGAAUCGAGAAGGCCAUUAACGGGUUGAUGUCCAUGCUACUACUCAGCAUCACCGUGCUUGAGGAGGUUUUUGUAUUCUACAUCAAUCUUCUCACCUCUACCUACGUCUGUCUUUUCACCUUCGCCAUCGGUGGUAGCUUACAUGUUGCCAUUGAUGUUGCUGAAGACGUUGGAGACUUUUUGAACUCCACCGCCAAAAGUGUAGGUACCGAGCUCGGUGAUGCUAUGGAAGACUUCCAAAAAGCCAUGAACAAAUUUACUGGCGCGAUUGAAGACGUCGGCAGUUUUUUCACUGGAAAGAAUGUUGACGUUCCUGAGAUCAACCUGAACUCAUCAAUCGCCAAACUCGACACAUUUCAACUUCCUUCCGGAUAUGACAAAGGGUUGGACAAAAUGAACGACUCCAUUCCGACAUUUGCUGAAGUGCAUAACGCGACAAACAAAGCUCUACGCUUCCCCUUCGAGGAAGUCAAACAACUGCUCAACGAGUCGAUGGGCAGAUACACCAUGAAUCGAUCAAUGUUUCAUGUACCGCCCAAGGAAAAACUCACGUUCUGCUCCGACGACGAUGGCAUCAACGAUUUCUUUGAUGACCUCGCGGAUGUCAUUACGCUCGCCAAGAAGAUUUUCCUCUCUGUACUCAUCAUUGCAGCAAUCCUCGCCUGUGUCCCCAUGGCCUAUCGAGAGAUUCGUCGUUGGAACUUGCAAGAAGAAAGAGCAAGAGCUAUCAAGCAUAUCAACGAUCCCAUGGACGCUGUCUACAUUGUCUCACGUCCAUACACGGCCGAUUUUGGUGUCAAAGUUUCAAAUCACUUUUCAUCAACCCGUGCGCGGACACUCGUGAGGUGGACAGUCGCCUAUGCGACUACAGUACCUGCUCUUUUUGUUCUUUGUCUUGCAAUUGCCGGACUUCUUGGUUGCCUCUGUCAGUUCAUCCUGCUUCAGGCAAUCAGAAAAGAAGUUCCCGAGCUCACCCAGAAAGUGGAUGCCUUUGCUGAUAAAGUUGAAUGGUCUCUGAACAAUGCUUCAUUAGCAUGGGCCGUCGAUACCAACCACGUCAUCAACACGACAAAUACCAAAAUUAAUGAAGACAUCUUCGGCUGGGUCAACACCACAACUGGGGCAGUUAACAACACUCUCAACAUCUUCGUUGACGGGAUGAAUGAUGCGAUCAAUGACACCUUUGGUGGCACGAUCCUCGAAGAUCCCGUCAAAGAAGUUGUGAACUGCUUGAUCACCCUCAAGAUUCAGGGCAUUCAAAGUGCACUGACUUGGGUCAGUGAUCAUGCUCAUGUUGACUUCCCAAUGGUCAGAAACGACACUUUCUCUCUCGGAACCAUGGACAAAGUCAAUGAUACUUCCUCUGGCAACAGUUCAAUGUUGGCAGAAGGAGAUAGUCUUGACGCAGGCGACGCAAUCUCCAGAGCUAUCUUGUUUGUCGUUCAUGCACUGGAAAAGGCUGUGAGGCAAGAAGCUAUCAUCUCAACCUGCGUGCUACUCAUUUGGGUACUGAUUGUGCUGAUCGGACUCAUCAGAGCUGGUUACAUGUUA